UGUGUUUGGAGGAGGAUCCAUAAGACAGACUCUAUCAGAUGUAACACUGUGUGUCAUUACAUAAAGUACAUGAUAUUAUAUUUGUUCCACAGAGUUCAGAGAUCAGAGGCUCCCAUUGGUCAGUCUGCCCAGCAGCAUCAAACACAGCUGGACUCCAUAUUGAUGCUGCUCCAGGAGAACAUCAUCCGUUUUGUAAAGACUGAGCUGAAGAAGAUCCAGAGAGUUCUGAGUCCAGAUUACCCAGAAUGCUUAGAGAGUCAGAGGGAGGAUGAGGAUGAAGAGCAGAGGAGGAGCAGAGAGGCCUUUCUGGAGAUCACUCUGCACUUCCUGAGGAGAAUGAAGCAGGAGGAGCUGGCUGACUGUCUGCAGAGCAGAACUGGUGCUCCAGAGUGCAGACGUAAACUGAAGUCUGACCUGAAGGAGAAGUUCCAGUGUGUGUUUGAGGGGAUCGCUAAAGCAGGAAACCCAACCCUCCUGAACCAGAUCUACACAGAGCUCUACAUCACAGAGGGAGGGACUGGAGGGUCAAUGAGAACAUGA